AAGCGGGCCAGCGGCAGCGGCGCAGGGCCAUCCCCAGGCCGAGCCGGGGCGGGACGGGGCGCCUGGCAGCCGCGCACCGAAAGCAGCCGAGCGCGGCGCCCGAGCGGGAGCCGAGCGCGCCGAGCUCAGGGGCCAUGGAGAAAGCGCGGCCGCUGUGGUCCAACUCGCUGCAGUUCGUGUUCGCCUGCAUCUCGUACUCCGUGGGCCUGGGCAACGUGUGGCGCUUCCCCUACCUGUGCCAGUUGUACGGCGGAGGUAGUUUCCUGGUGCCCUACAUCAUCAUGCUCAUCGUGGAGGGAAUGCCCCUCCUGUACCUGGAACUGGCGGUGGGGCAGCGCAUGCGGCAGGGCAGCAUUGGCGCCUGGAGGACCAUCAGCCCCUACCUCAGUGGUGUCGGCAUCUCCAGCGUGGUGGUCUCCUUCUUCCUGUCCAUGUACUACAACGUCAUCAACGCCUGGGGCUUCUGGUACCUCUUCCACUCCUUCCAGGAUCCCCUGCCAUGGUCUGUCUGCCCACUGAAUGGCAACCGCACGGGCUACGAUGAGGAGUGUGAGAAGGCUUCCUCGACGCAGUACUUCUGGUACAGGAAAACCCUCAACAUCUCACCAUCCAUCCAGGAGAAUGGGAGUGUGCAGUGGGAGCCUGCACUGUGCCUCAUCCUGGCCUGGCUCAUGGUGUACCUGUGCAUCCUGCGGGGCACUGAGUCAACCGGCAAGGUGGUGUAUUUCACUGCGUCCCUGCCCUACUGCGUGCUCCUCAUCUACCUGGUCCGGGGCCUCACACUCCAUGGAGCCACCAAUGGCCUGGCGUACAUGUUCACUCCCAAGAUGGAGCAGCUGGCCAACCCCAGGGCCUGGAUCAACGCAGCCACCCAGAUCUUCUUCUCGCUGGGCCUGGGGUUUGGCACCCUAAUCGCCUUCGCCAGCUAUAAUGAGCCCUCCAACAACUGCCAAAAGCAUGCCAUCAUCGUGUCCCUCAUCAACAGCUUCACCUCCAUAUUUGCCAGCAUCGUGACCUUCUCCAUCUACGGCUUCAAGGCCACUUUCAACUAUGAAGACUGCUUGAACAAGGUGAUUCUGCUGCUGACCAAUUCCUUCGACCUUGAAGAUGGCUUUUUGACAGUCAGCAACCUGGAGCAGGUGAAGGACUACCUAGAGUCCACCUACCCAAGCAAAUACAGCAAGGUGUUCCCACAAAUUGAAAACUGCAGCUUGGAAUCGGAGCUGAACACAGCAGUCCAGGGCACUGGCCUGGCUUUCAUCGUCUACAGUGAGGCCAUUAAAAACAUGGAGGUGUCCCAGCUGUGGUCAGUGCUCUACUUCUUCAUGCUGCUGAUGCUGGGCAUGGGGAGCAUGCUGGGCAACACGGCCGCCAUCCUCACCCCUCUCACCGACAGCAAGCUCAUUUCCAGGCACCUGCCCAAGGAGGCCAUCUCAGGUCUGGUGUGCCUCAGCAGCUGCGCCAUCGGCAUGGUGUUCACCACGGAGGCCGGCAACUACUGGUUCGACAUCUUCAACGACUAUGCUGCCACGCUGUCCCUGCUGCUCAUCGUCCUGGUGGAGACGGUCGCCGUGUGUUACCUGUAUGGGCUGAGGAGAUUUGAAAGUGACCUUGCGUCUAUGACUGGCCGCACUCUGAACUGGUACUGGAAGGCCAUGUGGGCCGGUGUGAGCCCCCUGCUCAUCAUCAGCCUCUUUGUCUUCUACCUGAGUGACUACAUCCUCACGGGGACCCUGCAGUACCAAGCCUGGGACGCCUCCCAGGGCCAGCUUGUGUCCAAGAAUUACCCCACGCAUGCACUGGCCGUCAUUGGGCUACUCGUGGCCUCCUCCAUCAUGUGGAUCCCCUUGAUGGCCCUGGGGACUUUCAUCAUGCGCUGCCUCAGGAGGGGAGGGACAGCCCCCAUGGCCUGAGAACCGCUGUCAGCAGCUCACUGUUCUACAGCUACGAUUUACAGCUAGAGCCUCCUCAGCUGCUUUUUAAAAUAUUUCAUCCAGAAGUACUCGGCCCAUCAUCCUCCUGAGUCUAUAAAGAAGAAUCAGGAAGGUGUGGAGGAAGAAGACACCCUCCGGAGAUCCCACACCCCACCCCUGAAACGGCCCCUUCUCCCCUCUGCCUCCUCCGGAGGUCGUAUCAUGCGGCCUCCUUGUCAUCAAAGAGGCAGGCUUUUCAAGGCCAGUCUUGAAGACGUUUGCUUUCCUGAUUCUAGGCAAGUCCCAGAAUUAGGGCACUCUGUGCAGGGAAAUUUGACUAUAAUUUUUAUGGAAUAAAAUUUAAGCUUUUUUUUUCCUGAAGAGAUCCCAAAAUAUUAGAGGGCAAUCAUUUUUAGAUCAGUUUGAAAAGGAGUUUUUUAAGUGCCUGACAUAUCUGAAUGUGCAAAAUUAGUUCUCUUUUUUGAGUCAUAGUGAAUACGCAAUUGCUGUGUUCUCCUUCAUUAAGAGGACUGACUGGCCAUAAAGAAAGAGGGCCUUUGUCUGGGGCCUACAAAGGAGGUCACUGUUCUCUAAUCUGAGGUCUCUCGCAGUGGGUCCAGGACCAGUCCUCUCUACAAAAAUUGCCCCAACUAUAGUUUGCAACCCCAAACCACCUUCAGUGUGGUCAUGUGGUUACGUGAGGAGUGGAUGCACCCAGCCCCCACCCCCCAGUGUCUUAGCGCCC